ACAAACCAUUCAUUUGAAAAUUUUGACUGAUGAAAAAUCUUUUCAAAAAACUAAAAUUGUGAGUAAUGUACAAGUAAAAAACUGCUAAACAAUUGUAAAACAUGGCACUCCGUUUCAUUGGAUUUGUCUUAAAAUCACCAUGUGUAUUAAGUCGAACAGUGCUCAGAAAAUAUUCAGGAGACUCGGCUGGGAAGAGUUUGGCGGGAAGUUCAGCAGGAGUAGGCUGCCACAAGGCGGCAAAAGUGGAAGAAGAUCCAUGCAAGAGUCACCUAAGCACAGGUUUAGUCCUAGGUUUAUAUACCAAUCCUGAUGAUCCCCUCGAUCCCGGAAAGCUAACUCCAACGGGAGAAAGAUACAACAAAUACGUGUGUAAUCGGCUCGUGGAGCUGCUCAGGUACGCCGGUCCACCACCAAAAAAAGGAGUCGUCCGCAUAUUCUACAACAUCGAGAACGAAAUAAGCUCCGUGGCCGUGGUGGGUCUAGGCCGGGAAUGCCAAGGCUACGACGUCUUCGAGCAAAUGGACGAAGGUAAAGAAGCCAUCCGAAUCGCCGCGGCGGCGGGCUGUCGAGCCCUGCAGGAACUACGAGUCACUAAGAUCUUCGUGGAGAGCUUCGGCCACGCGGAGUCUUCAGCGGAAGGCUCGGCUCUAGGCGUGUGGCUGUACCAAGAAAAGAAGAAAAAAGAGUACCAGGUUCUCAUCCCCCAGCUAGAACUGUGGGACGACUGCGACUGGACCGGUUGGCAGAUCGGGCUACAGAAAGCCGCCGCACAAAACCUAGCCAGACAGCUAAUGGACACCUCCGCCAACUACAUGACCCCCACGUCCUUCGCCCAGAACGCCGUGGAGGUCCUCUGCAAAGCCGGCGUCAACGUCGAGGUGAAAGUAAGAGGCUGGGCGGAAACCCAGAAGAUGUUCGCUUUUCUAGCAGUAGCCCAGGGCUCGUGCGAGCCCCCCAUCUUCCUGGAACUCAGCUACUACGGGGUGGCAAGGGACGAACGGCCCGUCGUCCUCAUCGGCAAAGGCAUCACCUACAACAGCGGCGGUCUGUGCUUGAAAUCCUGCCCCAAGCAAGAGAAGAUGAGAGGGGAUAUGGGCGGGGCCGCGUGCGUUGUCGCCGCCUGCAGGGCGGUGGCCGGUCUCCAGCUACCGCUCAACAUUCGCGCGCUGAUCCCCCUCUGCGAGAACAUGCCGGGCUGCGCUGCGAUGCGGCCCGGGGACAUCGUCAAGGCCAUGAACGGGAAGAGCAUCAAGAUCGAGUCGACGGACACGGGUGGGCGGCUAUGCUUAGCCGACGCCCUCGUCUACGCCCAGAAUUUCUGGCCCCGCCUUAUCGUCGACGUGGGAACUAUGACCUCGGACAUGAAGAAGUCGCUGGGUAAGGCUGCCAGUGGCGUGUUUAGCAACUCGGAGGCGUUGUGGGAGUACAUGUUGGCCGCUUCUAUGCACACUGGUGAUAGGGUGUGGCGAUUUCCUCUGUGGGAACAUUUUUCGCAUCUAGUAGCGAGGCAUCAUCCUUCUGUAGAUGUGAAGACGUACGGAAGAGGGUUUAAGCCCCGGGAUGGAGAAGCGUGCAGGGUGGCGGCCUUUUUGAACGAGUUUGUUCCGUGUGGGGACUGGCUGCAUAUGGAUACGCAUGGGGUGAUGUACAGCAACGGAUACGACUACCCAUAUUUACGAGAAGGGAUGUCUGGACGACCUACCCGUACACUUGUUGAAUUCUUAUCGCAGCUUGUUUGCAACCGUGAAUAAAUAUUACUGUAUUAAAACUGGAUCUGGCUAUUGUGUGUAUUUUGGUAGUAGCUUUCAAUUCAUCGAUAAUGUAAAUAACAAAAUCAAAAUUAUAAAUUUGAAUGUGACGCGGGCUUUUAGAUGUCACUCGAAAUGGAGACGAGUUGUAAUUUUAAAAUUUUACUCUGUAAAUGUUUUAUUCUAUAUCGAAAUAAACAAACAUGCACAUUACUAAAACAAA